CUGCACAUCUUUAAGGGCACGCUGUCAGCUUUGAAACCUAGAGUGCCUAGUUUUGUGUGUCUCAUUAUCCAGGAAGGAGGCAAAAUCAUAAGGGGCAUGUUAAGAUGGCCUUUUCAGGCCAGGCCUCUCUUGGUCCGCUAUCUAGUACCAUGUAAACCAGUACAGCCUGUUCCAGAGUCAAGUUGUUGCCAGCUAAGCUGGUGCCCCCACCUGAGCUAGCCUGGGUGAGGAGGGUGUGUGGGCAUCCCCCAGGACUUAAAAAACAAGACCUGUCAAAGGGUGGAUGAGCUUCCUGCAAGCCAACAGCCAUCCAUUCCUGGGGAGGAGAUGGGCGCUGCCAGGUUGCUCUACCCAAAGAAUCACCAAUGAUGCAAAGCAACUCAACCAGCCUGGGGGGUUGUUACAGCAUCUGAAGUGCCCCACAGUUGCAGCAGCCUUGGGACAGACUUGACUUGAUAUUAAGACUGAAGCUGGAGCAUCUGCCAUUGUGCAGCUGGGGAAGUAGCAAAACGGGCUGACAGAUUUUCUCCAGUGAACAGCACUCAAGGGAAGACUUCUAGGAUUUACCAGAAGGGACACACACAGCACAGCUCUCAGUGGGAGGGGAGGAUGUUACCUUUUUUGUGCUCUAAGUGGCAUCUUCUGGCACAGGAAGAUUUGGGGACCCAAAGGAAAGUGAUGUGCCCAAGCUCAAACAAGCAGUCUGUGAUGGAGCAGGGAGUUGGCCCUGCAGCUUCCCAGUCCCAGGCUAGUGCCUAAACUCUUGGAUCUUCCUCCCUCUCCUGAACUUCAGGGAUUCCUUGUGUUGAUGCCUUUCCAUUCUCUGAAGUGCCUAAUCCAUCCCAUUAGAAGGAAGCUUCUUUUUUUUUUUUUUUUGCUUGGUUUUUGGUUUUUUUUCAACUGUACAUUAGCAUUUCACUGUGCUGGAUGGCUGGUCUGAAAGGGCUCAUUGGUCUCUCUCAUUUCAUUCCAGGCUUAUUCUCCUGGCACCCUCUCUUAAUGUCACUUGCGUUCUCCUUCUUGAUGACAGAAGCCCUGCUGGUUUUCUCUCCAGAGACCUCACUGCUGCGCUCCUUCUCCCGCAAAGUCAAGGUCCGCUUCCAUUGGGCGCUUCAGCUGCUCUGUCUCCUCUGUGCCUUGCUGGGCCUAGGCAUCAUCAGCUACAACAAGUACCUGAAUGGCAAGUCCCACUUUGUCACCUGGCAUGGUUUGACUGGCUUGCUGACUGUGCUGUAUGCCAGCAUGCAGUGUAUGGGGGGCCUCGCCCUCCUGUACCCCAAGCUAAUGAAAAACUGGACACUGGCCAAGCUGAAGCUCUAUCACGCCACCUCUGGGCUGGUUUGCUACCUCCUGGGCUGUGCCAGCCUGAUGCUGGGCAUGUGCUCCCUGUGGUUUACCACCUUGGUGACUGGGGUCUUCUGGUACCUGGCAGUACUGUGCCCCAUCCUCACCAGCCUGGUUAUCAUGAAUCAAGUGAGCAAUGCUUACCUCUACCACAAAAGGAUGAAGCCCUGAGGGAUGAUGCUGGAACACUGCCUUCCUGUGAUCCUUGAAGGUUCUGCACAUAGCCCAUGAGGCAUUCUGGGGCUUCUGGGUCCUUGGGCGCAGGAAGUCUCCAGUGCAGCUUACCUGCUUGCUGUUGUGUGAUGUUUCCUUGGAGCUAGAGUUCUAUUUUUUUUUUUUUACUGAAACUGUCUGUCAUAUUGAACCUGUUCUUCAGAAAACUUCUUGCAGCCCUGAUCUCAGGGUUGCAGUUGCUGUCAGCUAAGAUGUGUGUUCUGUGUGAAAAACCUCAGUAAUCCAUCUAUGCCUGCUCUGGUGCUGAAUAGUGUCCUAGCAGUACAUGCCUCUGGAGGUGGCAAACAGCUUGAAAGUGUUUGCACUGGAUGCUGUACCUGCUUGCUCAGACUUUGUACAGCCAGCAGCAAAAGGGCUUUUCAGGGUUACUUCUGCUUAAUAGGCUCAAGUCUCAUGCAUUUUUUUUCCUCCUGUAUAAGCACUGGGAAUAUAGAGGUGGCUGAGCGCAGGGAAGUUUGUUCCAUUUGCUUGUAACUGGGAGCACCUUGCAUUCUGCCCUCUAGGUCACUUGUUAGUAAAACUCAGCAUUUCCUAGCAAUGAAGAAGCCCACAGGACAGGUCACUCUAAACCAAUAUGGGGAGAGGAGUUGUGAGGCUGUGCUUUACAGAUCCAUAUCACAACAUAUAGGAUGUGAAUACCAACUAGGGGGCAUGCCUUGCUUUGGAGAAGAGCCAGUACGAAGAUGCACAGGCCUGGGGCAGACAAGUCUGGAAGGGCAGGGGUGGGACUGCUUUCUCCCUUCAAGAGGAGCCUUCCAGGUACCCUAGUAGAUAAUUUGACAUCAAGGAGAUUUGAGCUACUGAGUUAAUCUCAUUCUGUGACAGGAGUUGAACCCAAGGUGGGAGUGCAAACAGCCAACUCCAUACCCAUCACCUCAGGGCUGGUGCCAUCAGUGUUGGAAGCCCCUGAAUGGAUCAAAGUCCAUUAAAGUUCUUUCCUGCAUACAGCUGCCUGGCAAAGGACAGCAUGUCAUCUGAGCUCUGGCUCACCCUCUGCAGCAUUUGCUGGGGCCUGGAAUAUUUAGUUACAACUGUGGCAGAGAUUCAGCACCUCACUGCACACUGUAUCAGAAUAUAGCUGCACAAGGGCCUCUGCUUAUGUAUUAUUUAUAAAGAACAGUAAUCUCCAGGCUUACAAGUGAAAGGACCAACCUAAGAAAGGGAGCAUCUCACUUUGUGCUUGCUUGUGGCAACUCAUGCACGAUGGGCUGGAGCUGUUGCCCAGCUAGUUUGGAGACAGAAGGGAAAGGGGGCCUCUCUCCCCACUAUCUCAACUUGAAGCAUAUCAGCAUAAUUAGCUUCACUUAACAGGUAGGGGAACUGACUUACCUGGGAUCACACAAUGCGUAGAGCUAAGGAUAGGGACACAGUCUCCAGGAACGGAGGCAAUGCUGCUAAACCAACUUCUCUCCCCAAUUCCGAUGCAUCAUUGAGCUAAAGCUCUAGCUCACUGUUGUCCUUCUGGCCAUGUGAGUAUUAGCACCAGGCAGGUACUUGUGUCCCCACUCUGCAUGUUACUUGGAUCAUGUUCCUAUUGUAUGUACCAUACUGUCUUUGAUUUAUGUGUCACUGGAACAGGGGGAGAGGUGGGAAAUGGUUUGUACAGGUGAUCCUGUGGCACUCAGGUGGCCAGGAGAGGAGGUGGAGCAAGUAGCUUGUUUGAAAGGGAAGGUGCAAAUACUGCUGUCCCGGGGAAGAGGAGAAAUGUGAGCCUCCCAUGACACAAUAUAGAAAAAUGCACUUUGGCUCCAGAAUGAUGGAGCUGGACACUGAAUGCAACUACUGGUUUGAUUCCUCUUCUCACAAAAAACACAUAAGGAAGAGAAUACAAGUCUCCCAAAAUCAAGUCAUUUUUGAGGGAGAGGCUUAGUGCAUAUGGACUAAGCUAGUGUCUGAUCCCAAUGAGAGGAACCUUCACCUGUUACUUGAACAAACUAGGAAACAACUGAUGAGCCAUAAGAUAUCCACCUUAGAAGACUCAGUAUCACAUCCUGGAGCAUUACCUGCCAUACAGUAGUCCCAUUUCACAUGGUCACAGAAUUUUACUGGCUUAAGGGAUGCCCAGAUUGUGAACAUCCCUGAGAAACAUCCCUUCAUUCAAGGGUAGGGAGAGGAAUGUCUUUCCUGCUGUCUGGAUAGGAGUAUCCCUGGCUCCAGAAUGAAGCCGUAUUCCCACCUGUAACACACAGUGUGUCAUGUUCAUGGCUUUCCUUCCCAGUUGAAUGAGUUAAUGAACCUACCUUAACAGCAGCAAAGUCCCAUGUAGCCUUAUGGGUACAAGGGAUGCAGAAAUGGUUUCAUAGGUGGGGGAGCCUCAAUUUCUUACUUUAAGUUUCAGGAUAGAAGAACUGCAGCUGUAGAUAGCAGCACUUUCAGCCCACUUGUAAAAAGCACAUCCUAGUCUCUGCAGGACAGGUGAACCGGGAAAGACCUGAGCAAGAAAAUUCAGUCUGCAUCCAGAGCCUUUUAUAUAUACAAUAAAAAAGUUUCUAACAGCUA